AGUGUAGCGUUUAGGCUCAAAAGUAUUGUAUUGAGCACUCAGGGUUUGAAGCAUUUGGGCUCAGCAACAUUUCUGACCGAGAUGACUUCAGAGGAAGAAGUUGCAGAACUGUUUUGCUGCGGCAUUUGCGAAGAUCUUAUGCUGGCCCCAAUAACGCUAGUGUGUUGCGGCCGCUCCUUUUGCAAGGAGUGUUUGCGGCUCUGGAUCAAGACGAACGCGCAACAAGGCGGCAUUCCUCGUUGUCCGGGCGGCUGCACCAAGAAGGUUCCUUUCCGCUUGCCUCAGCACUCCAUCGCGCUUCGUAAAGCCAUGGAGCAACUGGUACCUGAAAGGUUGGCGAACAGAAUUAAGGAGGCAGCGGAAGAAGAGAUCGAUGAGACUGAUUGCCUCGGCGGCUUCAAGGCCUGGGGAGAUAUUGCUGCAAGCCGUGAUAUCCUGUAUGGCAGCAGCAUCAUAGUGCGUCAGGGCUCUCCUGGGAUAGUCCUUGGAAACUGCGAUGAUGGAUGUCAUUUAACCGUCAAGUUUGACGAGCGGGAAGAUGGAUCAGAGCUUUGUGUGAAUGUCGUUCCAGAGGCACUGAUGUUGCCUCUUCCGGGUGGCUUCCGAUUACAUCAGAAAGUGGUGGCACUGUAUGAGCUUCUUCUCAAUUCCGACAUGAAAGUCCCUUUGGGCUCUGUGGGUCACAUCAUUGGAAGCCUGGGUGGAGACAGAGUCACAGUCCUCUUUGAGCCAGCAAAGUUGCUCUUCGGGGAUCAUAGCAUUCCAGAAUAUCCAGUGAGUGUGAACAUUCGGGAGGUUGCAGCCCAGAGGCUUUUGGUGGGUGGUUUUAGCAUCGCGCAACGGGUCCAAGCCUCAAUGUCACUUGUGGUGGGCAACCGGGUGGUCGUGCAUGCUGGCUGUCGUGGGACAGUCCUGGCAGAGUUCAGCGACACACGGCUGACCGUGGUCUUCGAAACCGAGACGGAAGAGAGCUCACCCAGUUGCUUUAACGUUUUGCCAUUGGAGAUUCUGCCAUGGUGCGACCUUCCAGCUCACCUGCCGGCCGGAAGUCCGGUGCGAGCCUUGCAGCAUUUGAUGAGUCCCUGUGCCAUCCUGGUGCAUGCAGGCACCAAAGGCACCAUCCUCGGUGGAGUGGACCCCGCCUUGGUCUUCGUUGCCUUCGAGAACGGCCCCGCCGUGGCCGCAGCCGUGAGCACCUUAGAGCAGCUGAGUGACGAAAAGGAGAGCGAGGCCGAGGAAAAGCUUUUGGAGAAGAGCGAGACAGUGGCGCCCGACAUUGGAUCCUCUGACCUCUCUUCCAUUGAUGUUGAGCCCCCAUCAGACGAGGAGACUCCUAACUCCGCAACGGAAGCAGGUAACAAUGGGUUCGCAUGUGCAGUUUCGACGCCCAUUAACUCAGCUCGUGUGACCGCCGUAUUGAGCGCGGACUGAUUUUGUGAGAAUGUUACCAGAUCUGGUCUUGGUUCAUUUUGGAGGCUGGAUUUCCAUGUAAAGAUAUGUAAAGAUACAAGAUCAGUCCCGGAAUUGUCACUUGACGCUGACAUCCCUACCUUUUCCUGGAACCCGUGUUCUGGGUUUCUGAUAUGGCGUGUUGUCCAAGGUCCCACAUUUUCAGAGAGGUUUAUGGUAUUUUCACCGUCUUAGUGGACAAUUCGCCAACGCCAGCAUUUUGCUCCAAAGGUCGUCAAAGAAACGGCGGUGGGCAAAACUGGACCAUUUUCCCGGUGGAACCACGGAGUACCGUUCCAGACAUUUCAAUGCCCCUUCUUUACAGUGCACCAUGUUGGAUGGACCCUCCUGGAUGGCCACCUUGGAGUGUAGCGGCACAGUCAUUUUGCUGGAGAAGCUUUCAGAAGACACAGAUCUUCCAAUGUCCAGCGCGACGUUGAGCCUUUGAAACGCUUCGAAUCUCACGUCCCCGGAAUUUGCCGUCGCCAUCCUGCUAGCGCAGGUGUCUGAGUGAACAGCAAUGAUAGAUGUACA